UUUCCCAGCGUGAAAAAUGUCUCGCAAACUUUCACAGAUGCUUUCCCUGUGAUGUUGUCGGCUCCACAUAAAGUUUAUUAACUUGCUUUUUUGGAUUUGAAUAGAUUACGCGCUUUUUUGUCUUUCAAAGAACACUAUUGACAAUGUGUUUCCAAUUACUCCCAGGAAUAGGACGCUCGCUCGCACGUUCCGUCGUCGCUCGCGGGCGCGCGUGACGUCACUCGCAGACAGCGGCGCUCCUCGGUGCGGAGAAGGGGCACUUCUUUGCGGCCGUUGCUGAGAGUUGUACGGCGUAUAGCAGAGAGGGGGACACCUAACUUUUUUUUUCCUGCUUGAAAUUCCAUCACUGCAUUACUCUUUUGAGGACGUAAAAUGAUCAUACAACGUAACUUUGGAUUUGACUGGAAAAACUACCAACGGUCCACGCAUCCCUGACAGCGUUUGUGUGAAUAACGGGACUUCUAUCUGGGAACUGUAUUCCGGUCUCAAAUCAAAAGUUUCCCCUUUUUCUGGAGUUACAAAGGUACAUCGCUGGUAUCACCAACUCUUGUUGCCUUUACCUUGACAACUGAACCCUUCAAGAUGGACGGGGAGGAGGAUGGACAGUGCUACUACAACGAGACCAUCGCGUUCUUCUACAACCGCAGCGGCAAGUACCUGGCCCAGGACUGGAACGCGGUCAGCACGCUGGUCAUGGGCCUGGGGAUCACCGUCUGCAUCUUCAUCAUGCUGGCCAACCUGCUGGUCAUGGUGGCCAUCUACGUCAACCGCCGAUUCCACUUCCCCAUCUACUAUCUCAUGGCCAACCUGGCGGCGGCGGACUUCUUCGCCGGCCUGGCCUACUUCUACCUGAUGUUCAACACGGGUCCCAACACGCGCCGGCUGACCGUCAGCACCUGGCUGCUGCGGCAGGGGCUCAUCGACACGAGCCUGACGGCGUCCGUGGCCAACCUCCUCGCCAUCGCCAUCGAGCGCCACAUCACCGUCUUCCGCAUGCAGCUGCACACGCGCAUGAGCAACCGGCGCGUGGUGGUGGUCAUCGUCAUCAUCUGGACCAUGUCCAUCGUCAUGGGCGCCAUCCCCAGCGUGGGCUGGAACUGCAUCUGCGACGUGAGCACCUGCUCCAGCAUGGCACCGCUCUACAGCAACUCCUACCUGAUCUUCUGGGCCAUCUUCAACCUGGUGACCUUCGUCGUCAUGGUGACGCUCUACGCGCACAUCUUCGUGUACGUGCGCCAGCGCACCAUGCGCAUGUCGCGCCACAGCUCCGGGCCGCGCCGGAACCGCGACACCAUGAUGAGCCUCCUGAAGACCGUGGUGAUCGUCCUGGGGGCCUUCAUCAUCUGCUGGACCCCCGGACUGGUGCUGCUCCUGCUGGACGUGUUCUGCGCCAACUGCAACGUGCUCUCCUUCGAGAAGUUCUUCCUGCUCCUCGCCGAGUUCAACUCCGCCAUGAACCCCAUCAUCUACUCGUACCGCGACAAGGAGAUGAGCGUCACCUUCAAGCAGAUCCUGUGCUGCCAGCGCACGGAGAACGUCAACGGCACCACCGCCGAGGGUUCCGACCGCUCCGCCUCCUCCGUCAACCACACCGUACUCAGCGGCGCCGCCCACAACCACAACCACGACCACUCGGUGGUGUGAGGGGGGGUCCGGUUCAGCUCUGGGCCAGGCCCGGCCCAGUCCCGGUGCCCGGCGCGGGGGCGAUGCCCAAUCAGAGAGGCGGCAUGGAGGUGGUCGAGUGACGGGGCAGUGAUUGAGGCGUUUCAGCGGCAAAGACUUUUUUUUAUUUCUUUUUGUAAUUUGUAAUUGUGUUUUUUUUUUGUGUUUUUGAGUUUUUAUUUCUUUGUGCUUUUGUUUUUAUUUUUAUUUUUGUUUUUUUAUGUGGGAUGAAAAAAAUUGUUGACACUAUGAACUAUUUAAAGGUUUUGUCUAUCUGUGAUGCGAAGGAUAAGCCAGUAUAACCGCUUCCCCCUAGAAUUCCGUCCUUUCCCACAUUCCUCGGUCGGAAGAAUUAUAGAUGAAGGAUUAAGGACCUGACCAGUGCUUAAAAUAUCUUAAUAUUAGCUGGAGUAAGCUGAAGAGAUAUGGGUGUCGACCAGAGGGGGCGCCACAUGCUGCAGUAGCAGAGCUACUGAGUUAUACGACAGCUGCACUGAGCAAAAACCUGAAAUGCUAAUUAAAGGUGAUUUUAAGCAAUGUUAGCAGCGAUGCUAAUCUCCACCAGAUUCAGCAACCUCUCCCUUCAAUGAGCUCUGCACUGGAAACAUAUGGUCAGAGUAUCUAUUAUUAGUUUUAAUUAUCAGAAGUCUUAUUUUUUUUCCCCACCAAGUCUCAAGGUUUUACUCAGGAGGGUGAUUUAGCUCACAUGGAAAUCUCCUUCUGUAAAAUGAGGAAGAGAUUGAAGAAGGUUUUUGCUGUUUUCUCUCAGUUUCAUACAAAUAUUUUUUGGUGCUGUGACCAUUGUUUUCUGUCAUUGUCUGAAAAACACAGAAAAAAAAAUCUUUUUGGAUGCUGUCUGAUAGUGUUGUGUAUUGUAGCAUUCCAAACAAACGCUAUACAGUUCUAAACCUAUCAGAGCAUCGCCUCGAUCAGCAGUGACUCAUGGGUCAGAGCCACACGUUACUUCCAUCAAUCCAUAGUUUAUGUGUCGCUACCAAAGCCUCCUCUCAAGCAGAGUGAGAAGAAGUGAGAAGAAGAGAGACGGAUGACAUAGUCCAGUCAAGCCUCACUCACCCUGGUGCAUUGGACCAUAGCAGUUAUGUUCUCCUUAGUUAAACUAAUGUUAGUAAACAUGUUGUUUGUUUGUUUGUUUGUUUUAUUUUGUUCUAUACAAUUCUUCCUUUUAUAUUGAGUACCGGUGAUGUUGGCAAACAGCAUUACAGAGGAGAACGAAAGGCCUUCUAGAAAAUUAAACUUGAAUUUUGAUAUUUAUAUUUUUUUUUAAAUGAACUAAAUUUCUUUACUCCUUUGACAUGCCUAUACAAAUUAAUAUUAAAAUAAUGAAUUUGAUGGCUGAAAAAUUAAUGAGUGAUGUAGAAAAUCUUGAAAUCCUUCCAACCAAUGGAACCAUGCAAAUUGGGUCUAAACACAUCUGCCCAUGAGGGCGGUUCUCCAGAACUUGUUUUUGCACUACAUUUGAUCAGUAUUGGACUCAAGAGACCACUGGCCGGGUGGCUUUACCAUUUGAGCAGAAAUGCUAUUCCACUUAGCUCCAUUGUGCCUGUGAGUCUCUCUAUCCUUUGCACUGACAUGCUGAUGUCCUGAUGUCACAAGCAUCACAUGUUUUAAUUGUGUCGUCACACUUCAUUUGUGCGACUGAAGACGAAGAACAGCAAGAUCAUGAGCCUUAAUCCUGUCAUCUUCUUGUUUUUUUUUUUUCAGACCAUUUUUCCGGUCCUUUGAAUGAAUGCUUAUCUAAUGAUUACGUUGGCCGCCUUCGUUAGACAUUUCGCCUAAAUGCCUUGUUUCUUUUUUUUAUCGCAAUGUAAACUGGGAGGGGCUUUAGUAGGUUUGUUCUAGCUGUCUUCCGUUCUCACUCAGACAUGUUCAGGGAUUCAAACUCAUGGACUGAUUAACAUGUAAUACCACGAUUAGGUUUCUGCUCUUUUAUUCCUUCUCAGUGUGUUUUUCUGAUGAACGCAGACCCACAUUACAUGGAAAUCAUCCUUUAUCAGGCUUUUAAAUGGAACGCUAGUAGGUUAAUUACUUGAGGGUGCGGAAAAUGUUUUGUUCCCCCACGUUCCUUCCCAUGUUCCUUCCCACGUUCCACCCCAUGUGUUCCCCCAUGUUCCCCCCCAUGUGUUGUGAUAUCUAUCAUAGGCGUCCCAUGUCUGCUUGAGCCUUAAGCUUUUAACACCCAUGAGUGGCUGUGUACUGUUGUGGUUCUACCUGCCUUUUUUUAAACCCAUGCCUUCCAGCGGCCGUGGACGUCGUUUGGGUCGACUUUUGUUCCAAAUGGCUUGUUUGGGUUGGAUGUUAAUUAAAAACCAAAGUGCUCCACCGGACUGUGGGUGCCCACGGGUAACCUCCACCGGACUGUGGGUGCCCUAGGUAGCCCCGACGGGUAACCUCCACCGGACUGUGGGUGCCAUCGGUAGCCCCGACGGGUAACCUACAUCACCUGUAGCAAGGCCCGCCUCAACCGUCCAGUUUAUGUCUAUAACCACAGCUAAUGUAAUCACAAGUAAAACAAAACUGAAUGAUCAGUCUAGUCUGUGUGUUGGUCUGUACUUCAUAUACCUAUGUAUGUAUGUAUGUACUUAUGUAUAUAAUAUAUGUAUAUAUAUUCCAUGUUAUUCAAGAAGGGAAGAUUUUACUGUUGGGAUUGCAAACAGAACUGGAUUAUAUAUUUUUGUUCUGUUAAGCUUUUGAGCAACUGAAGGACUGUGUGCUUUUAAAACAAAUCACUUUUCUCAUACUCUGACGUCUCCCUCCCCGGGCCUUC